AUGUCAUACCCAUACCAAUCGUUAAAGAAUUAUACAAACGCACAAGAAGACGAGCAAGAGGAAGUCUUCCCUCUAUCAUUCGCAAACCCUUCCAUACUGUCUAAUAGCAUGGAAAGUAGGAAAAGCGAUAAUGACAUUUUUUUCUCCUUUGAAGACAAUCUACUGCUAAAUUCGCCGCUACUCCUGUCUCCAACCCUAAAUUCGAAAAGGGAAGAACAACAAACAGUCGAAAUACCAACGGGUGAAGACGACGACUUUAUCUUCUCGCUAGAUAAUGAAAUUAAUUCAACGGAUCUUUCGGAACAAGCACCAAGACUAUUCAGCGAUAAUGGGAAAAAUUCAUUGAGAACAAAUCUGGAUGAGUUUACUAAUAUUGCUCAGCAAAAUUAUAGAAUUUGGUUGUCUUCUGUAUGA